AUGCGGAUAUCCCCUGUGCUUUGCUUACGCAGAAUUAUCAACAGUGCGUACCAUCCGUUCGAAACAAUUCCCAAGGCGGACCGAUGGCUCGUCCGUGAACGACAAAGCCGGUUCACAGCUUGGCAGUAUGGAGGAGAUCGGACCUGCUAUAAGCAUGGAGCUAUUCGGUUAAAUAAAAUAUUUUUGUACCUUGACAUGCAGCGACGGGACGAGAAGAACCUGGAAAAAUUUGUUGCAGAGGAGCGUCUUACUGCCGCACUAGCUGAACAUCAUUUCGAGUAUAAACACUUUCGCAACAUGUUGGAGAAGGCUCACAUUUUAUUGGACAAUGUUGUCCUUUCGCAGUUGGCUAUCUACGAACCGCGGACAUUCCAAAGUCUAGUUGCUCUUGCAAAAGAGAUGGCCAUAAAGGAUGGGCGGAAUGUUAUUCCUGACGAUGAAUUUAAGUUUGAUGUUCAUCUGGAUGAUUCGCUUUUUGGUGAACCAUUUCCUAAACCUCGCCUAUACCCGAAGGGACCCGCCGAAAACCAUAAGAUCCCUCCACGAAAGUUGAAACCAGAGGAAUAUUGA